AUGCAAGCGACGGUAUUUCAAGUACCGACGUACAACAGAUUCGGUAUCCUAGACAAAUCGAAUGAAAGCGAAAAUGUCUAUGAAAAUACCACAAAAAAUAACGAAAUCAAAAAGAAAGUAAUACCGCCGAUUGUAGUGACUCAAUCGAUCGGUAACUACCGUGAAUUUAUACAAAGGAGUAAGGAAAUCCUAGAGUCGUCAGAUUUUACGUGUCAGUUCAACAACAGACAAACAAAAAUAUACAUCAAAAACGAAGAACACAGACGAAUUAUAAUCAGAGAAUUAGAGAAAGAUAAAGUAGACUUUCACACAUAUACUAGAAGAGAUGAAAAACUUAAGAAAAUCGUUUUAAAAGCCGCCCCGGGGUUAAACUUAGACGAAUUUAAGGAAGAACUAGAAUUCGAAGGAGUUCCUGUAGUAGAAGUGAUAAAAUUGAGAAUACCGACGUACAAUAGAUUUGGUAUAUUAGACAGGUCGAAUGAAAGCGAAAUUGUCUAUAAAAAUACCUCAAAAAAUCAAGAAACCAAAAAGAAAACGAUUCCGCCGAUUGUAGUGACUCAGCCAAUCGGUAACUACAGAGAAUUCAUAUUAAGGAUUAAGGAAAUCCUAGAAUCUUCAGACUUCACGUGUCACAGACAGAGAAAAAUCUAUAUAAAAAACGAAGAACACAGGCAAAUUAUAAUUAAUGAAUUAGAAAAAGACAAAGUAGACUUCCAUACAUACACCAGAAGGGAAGAAAAACUCAAAAAAAAAUAG